AUGAGGAACCCAGAAAAUGGAAACAAAACGUCCAUCACAGAAUUCAACCUCCGGGGAUUUGGGAUGCUGCCUGAACUGCAGAUUUUUCUCUUCCUGCUGUUUCUAGUCAUCUACGUUGUAACAGUGGCCGGGAACCUCCUCAUCGUGGUGCUGGUGGUGGCUGAUCGGCACCUUCACACCCCCAUGUACUUCUUCCUGGGGAACUUGUCCUGCAUGGAGACCUGCUACAGCUCUACCCUCCUGCCUGAGAUGCUGGCUGUUCUCUUGACUGGAGACCAGAUCAUUUCCGUCAGUGGUUGCCUCAUACAGUUGUAUUUCUUUGGUUCUCUGGUGGGCACCGAAUGCUUUCUCUUAUUGGUGAUGUCUUAUGACCGGUAUGUUGCAAUAUGCAACCCACUGCGUUACACAGCCCAUAUGGGUGUAAAGGCCUGCUUACAGCUUGCAGGUAGCUCGUGGCUAUGGGGCUUCCUAGGUAAUGGCAUAACAACAUUGGCAGUAUCCCAGUUAACUUUCUGCGGCCCAAAUGGUAUCGACCAUUUCUUUUGUGACCCUGUCCCCUUGAUACGUCUCUCCUGCGAUGACCCUCAGAUGAUGGAAAUGCUGGCUUUCACCCUCACCUUGAUUUUCUUGCUGGUCCCCUUCCUGCUCACCCUGACGUCCUAUAUCUGCAUCAUCGCCACCAUCCUGAGGAUCCCUUCCACCAGCGGGCGGCAAAAGGCCUUUUCUACCUGCUCCUCCCACCUCACCGUGGUGACCAUUUACUAUGGAACUCUGCUCAUUUCCUAUAUGUUCCCAACAACUGACCUUCUGGGGGACUUCAACAAAGUGCUCUCUGUCGUCUACACGGUCCUGACUCCUCUGGUCAAUCCCCUCCUCUACAGCCUGAGAAACAAAGAGGUGAAGGAAGCCCUGAGGAAGGUUAGGAAGAAAUUCAUUUUUGGAUGA